AUGGCCUCUCAGCCUCAGCCGGAACAGCAGCCGGCUGAGGGCUCUGUCGCAACCCUGCCGACCCCAGAGACCGUGCCAGAAAGCACCGAACAAGCGACCUUACGAAUCCUUAAAAGAAUACUUGCCCUGCAGGAGAAAAUGUUGAUACAGAAUCGUGCCCGCCCUCCUGCUCCUGGCUCUCCUGGAAAUCCUCUUUUCGACGGGCUCAACGCCACUGCUCAUGUGGAGAGGUUUGAGAACUUCCUCAUAGAUUACGAUCUAGAAGAAGAUUCCGAGGAGAAGAAGACCCGCCGCUUCCUUGGUACCCUUUCAGAAGCACGCCAGCUAACUGCGAGAGGACUUGAGGGUGCACCAGACAAAAGCAAUCCGGAAGCCACCAGUUGGGAGCGUCUCAAGCGAGCCUUCUUGAAGAAGUACCGAGACUAUGAUGAGCGUCAAGUUAGGGCCACUCGAGCGUGGCUCGAGAACCUGUGUCAAGCUACAAGAACCCGUGAAAGCGACCUAGAAGGGUACGUUUGCGACUUCGUUGCAAGCUUGAAAGACAUUGGGCCCUCGUGGAUCAGCAACACCGAACGGGUUCGCUUGCUUCUGAGGGGUCUACCUGAGGAGAUUUGUCUUGAGGUCUACAUACAAUGUGAACUUGAUUUUGUCGAGGGUAUGACGACGGAGGACUUCAGGCGAGUCCUUGACUGCGUGAGGAAUGAGGUGGACUCUCGUGUUGAUGCUCGUGAGUGGUUGUCUUGA